UUUUUCACCCUCACAAAAUGACUCUGGGACUGAGAAGGAACACUGCAGGCAACAGAUCGUCUGUCGAGGGCGACCGUCCAGACACCACCGCCGACGAUGAGACGGUCGUUGACCAGGACCAGGGCAAUGUCCUGUCACACAUUAUCAGCCAGCUGCGACCAGGCGCCGACUUGAGCAGAGUGACGCUGCCCACAUUCAUCCUCGAGCCGCGAUCUAUGCUCGAGAGAAUCACAAACUUCAUGGCACACCCCGAGAUCCUGCUUACUCUGCCCGGCAUCGAUGACCCCGUCGAGCGCUUUGUCGCCGUCACCAAGUUCUACCUUAGUGGAUGGCACAUCAAGCCUCCAUCUGCAGCAGCUGACAGACACAUAGCGNGCGUCAAGAAGCCUCUCAACCCCAUCCUCGGCGAGACCUUUACUGGAUACUGGGACUACCCAGACAACACGCGCGGAUACUACAUCUCUGAGCAGACCUCUCACCACCCUCCCAAGUCAAGCUACUUCUUCAUGGCUCCCGAGCACCACAUCCGCGUCGACGGCACUCUCAAACCACGCAGUAGAUUCUUGGGCAACUCAGUCGGCAGUUUCAUGGAGGGUAUUGCAGUUAUGCGCCUUUUGAACCGCAACGAGCGAUACUUCAUCACACAGCCCAACAUGUAUGCAAGAGGCAUCUUGUUCGGCAAGAUGAAGUACGAGCUUGGUGACCACGCCUACGUCCGCUGUCCCGAGUUGGGCCUGGAGGCCGAGAUCGACUUCAAGGUCAAGGGCUGGAUGACCGGAACAUACAACGCUAUUGGAGGCCAUAUCAAGGAAACCAAGAGUGGAAAGAAUCUAUUCGAGUUCAGCGGUUACUGGGACAAGGAGAUGUACAUUAAGAAUCUGACAGAGCUCAUUUUCGAUGCCACUCACGCCAGACCUUCGUACCCCAAGGCCCGUCCUCUCGAGGAGCAAGGAGAUCGCGAAUCGCAAAGACUGUGGGACAAGGUCACUAAGGCCAUCAAGGUCGCCGACCAAAAGACUGCCACGGACGAGAAGUCUUUCAUCGAAGACCGCCAGCGUUCAGAGGCCGCAGAGCGUGGAGAGUCGGAGUGGCAGCCCAAGCUUUUCCGCAGAACACGAGCUGGCGCAAGCCAGAGCCCUGGAGACAUGGACGGAGAGGAGAACCUCGACUGGGUCAUCGAUGCUACCAUCUUAUUUCAAUCCACUGACAAGCGCGUUCUAGCGNACGGCAAAACCCCCGACGAGAUCGUAAAGCAAGUCCUCGCUAUCGCACCCAUCCUGCCAGGUCAAAAGGCCCAAGCCAAGUCACAGCCCCAACCUCAGGCAGCACAACCUCAAUCUCAGGCACAGCCUAGACAAGAGGCUGCCUCAGCCACUCCUAUGCCCGCUCCUAUGCCCGCUCCUAUGCCCGCCGCUGCACCCCAACCACAACAGUUCCAGCAAGUUCAGCCAGCCCAUACGAUGCAAACCACCCAGCAAUAUCAACCUGCUCCCUCAUCGGGGCCCAGCAAUCUUGUCGACUUUGGUCAUGCAGGCGGCGUCGCUCCCAGUCAACCAGCCCAACAACACACCUCUCCUUUGAACACAAUGAGCGAUCUCAAGGAACCAUUGCAACCCGUCAUUCACCGUCAAGAUAGCGUCGAAGGAUUUGAUGAGGAGUUCCACGAUGCCGACUCA